UGUAUAAGGAGCAGGUGUGGCUGAUACACUGGCAACGCUACAUCUUUCCCUCUAAUAAUAAGUCCCCAUCGCCGACCCCAUCCCAGUAGCCAAUGAGCGGGUUGCCAGGGAGCAGUAAUGACUGGAGGCUGCAAGUUGAGAGGAGCUGCCUGAGAAGCAAGUUGAAGGCUCGUGGCUGUUCGUGUUGUUGCUGUAACCACUGGCACUCGCUAUAACAAGGGAGAGGGAGCGAGAGGCGGGGGAGAAGCAGCCGUACAGCCCGCACCAUGCGCUCUCCCUUCCCUGCUGCUGCUUCUUGUAUGAUCCCAGCCCCGCGUCUCCCCGCACCUCCAUCUGACUGACAGACCUGCCUUCCCCCGGCAACUUUCUCCGCACAAGAGAUCCGUGCACAGACCCCUCCUGGCUCCCGGCCGUUCCAGCUCCACCAUGGCGUCUGGCCAGCAAAGCAGGAUUCAGGGCUACCUGGAAAAGAACAAGAUCGGACCUCUGUUUGAGGAACUGAUGACAAAGCUGAUUACAGAGACCCCGGAGCAGCCAAUUCCUUUUCUGAUUAAUCACCUCCAAUCCAAACUUGGAAAUGUGGGUCAGCUACAGAGGACUCUGUCUGGAUCUGCUGCUCUAUGGGCAGAGAGUGAAUCAGCAGAAAACAAAGGAACAAGACGAGACUUCAGGAACUAUGAUAAGCCCUGGCAAGUCAAUGCAAAGAAGCCUAAAAAGUCAAAGAGUGACCUAGCAGUGUGUAACAUUUCCCCAACAUCACCCGAAGCGACACCUUUGGCCAGGUCAUUUGAGCACCCUAACUGGGACUGGCGAACAAAACCUGAAAGCCAUGAUUUUGAUGAGUUAAACCACAUCCUUCAAGAAAGUAAAAAGCUGGGCAAAGCAUUGGAGAACCUAUCUCGCAGUAUUGCUGUCUCAGAUGAACUUGAACAGGACACAAGGGCCUUUAACUCAUCCUUAUUAAAACCUUGUGUAAUUGGAGAAUGGGUUGGGCGUGAAGACAAUGACCCAGACCCAUUGGCUGCUGAAAUGAUCCAGCCUCCAAUCCCAAGAACAAAAGGUGAACAACGGGAAGGAGAUGAAGGCAGCUGCAGCCCAGCAGGAAGUUUGAAGAUGGAGCCAAAGAACAAAGGUCUGAAGCAGCAGCAACAGCAGCACAAGAAACUACUGGCAGCAAUGCUCUCGCAAGACUCAUUCGACUCCGUGCACAGCACUCCUGCCUCGGUCACAGAAGAAGACAUUGAUAAUGAGGAUGAUGCAAUGGAACUGCUUGAGGACCUUGACGAUCUUCGCAUGGAAGGAGUAACCAGCCUGAUGCCGUCUGGAAGUAAAUUCAGCCAAGGAAGAAGCACAUAUACUACAGAGCCUCAAGCAAAAGUCACAUUAAACAUCUGCUCAAGGUGUGCAAGACUGCAAGGAGAAAACCUGGCACAGGGUAUAGAAGAGAUAGCACAAGAAAGACACUCUUCUGAGAAAGCUGGGACAGAUGCACCCGCCGCAUUGCCUGCAGCAGAAACAUUAAUGGAAGAUGAUGAAGAAUUUGAGAGCGCGUCUCAAGUGACAGGACCUCGUCAACCAGUCUGGGAAUCUGAGGCCUUGUCUGCCAGAAGUGGAGGAUCUCAGAACCAAAAGAUCCUAAAAGAAGCAUUAACCGCAAAGGAACUGCAGAGCAUGGAAAAGCAUCUUGCUGAUAUUGAAAAGGACUUGGCAUUGAUGGCUGAAGCAAGCAUGUCUCGGAGCCCAAGCAAUCAGCCAAGUGGCAUGCUAACCAAUGAACAUCAUGGAAGCUACCAUUCCUCUCAAAUGCAGAACGCAAGACCACAAGUGCCAAACCAAACCUCAAACAGCUUGCAUCUUCAUCUUCAAGGGAACAAAACACCACCUCAAGCUGCAAGCAGAACACAGGGUACCACGAUUUCAAAUAGUCGACCGCAGACUCCAAAUUCACAGUUAAACAAACUUCAGACUCCUCUGACUCCAUUAGGUAGGCCUGGGACUCCAAACAGCUUGUUGUCCCGGCCACACACCCCUAGUAGCCAAGGAAGUAAGGAAGGAAGCAUUUCAGGACAAACGAGUAGAUCGAUCACUGGUAAAAGUCAAAUUGGAUGGACAACCAACACGCCAGCAGCUGUUCCUCCUCAAGCAGGUGCAGACAUUGUAGGAAUUGCUUCACAAAGAAACAGUGUUACAGAAGAGGAAUCGUAUGAACAACUUCAAGGUUCUCGACAGCCAUGGACACUCCCCAGUGACACAGACAGUGAAGUCAUAGGGACGGAGAAAGGAAAACGUUUAUAGCACCAAUCAGCAGUGGAAACCAAUAAGUUCAGUAUAAAGGAUUCAAAGAAGAUGAUUGGAAAUUAUUUUUUUUCAAUUUCUGGUGUGUGCUAUCCAUGAGCAGUGAUUGGAUUAUUUGGUGGAUCAAAAUCAAUCAUUGGAAUGCUUCCUCUUUGCUGCUUGGUCAACAUGGACUUUCCUUGGCAAUAUACUAAAGAGGCUCAAUGACUAAUGAACAUAUUUAUUAUUUCAUUGAGUGCAAAGGAAUUUCAUACUUGAGGGGUGAUCAGUUUAAAAAGUUAUGGUAAAAAUGGUAAGAACCCAAAGUGAUGUCCAGAUUGCAAGUUGUGUAUCCACAUUUGGCUUUUUUCUUCUACUUCCACUAUAUCACUCCUUGUAAAAAUACAUCCAAUGGUUCUUAUUAUCCAUCUUUGGCUUUUUUCUUCUACUUCCACUAUAUCACUCCUUGUAAAAAUACAUCCAAUGGUUCUUAUUAUCCAUCUUUACUGAAUCAUAUUCAUUCAGAAGGGGGUUCCGGUCCAGCUUUGUCUGGUGCUAUCAAUGAGGUCAAGUUAACCAUGACUAUUGAAGGGAAAGUGGACUCUGCACACCAACAGAAAGCAGAUGAGGCAACAUGCCUACCUGACAUUCAAUGGGAAUCAGUGUUGUAACACUUGAUCACGUGUGACUUCGCCUUGCAUUAUUCAUCAGAACACUUUAAGAUGUAACAUUCACUUUUAAUUACUAUAGAUGCCUUACACUAUUGCCAGUCCGUGUCUGAUACACUGUAGACACUAAAAGAAUGUAUCCAGCAUGAGUAUGUAUAUGUUAUUGAUAACAAUGGUUUAGGGGUACUGUUUUAUUCAAAAAAUAUUUGUCUUGUUUGAGUAGCCCUAAAUCUUCCUUGAAAGCCAUCAUCCUACCAAUUGCCACUGUGUGGUUUUAUUUGCAGUUUAAGUAGAACUUGGCCUUAUCUCUUCUUGACCAACUUUUUACUACUUUGGAAGAAGCAUUAGCAUUACUUUGCAUAGCUCAUCUCUGUAUGUGCUAUAAUAUAUGGCAUUUUAUAUAAUGUCACAUCCAGCCGCUGCUUAUAGAGAAGGGAAUGCUGGAAAGCUUGGGCGUGCAUUAAUCACUAAGACAUUACCUAACCAUAUGAAUGGAUUGCUUAUGCAUCCAUUGCUUUCUGGGAAUUACUUAUUGUCUUUGGCAGCAGAAUGUAGCCGGGGUAAUAUUGUGUAAAGCUCCUUAAGUGGUGUAUAUACAGUGUUUUGAUGCUUCCCUUAAAGUUGAACAAACUCAAAAUCUGUUUUUAGAUGGAGGUUUAAUUAUUUGCAACUGAUAAUGUCGCUCUAUAUAUAAUUGAUUCAAGAUUUUAAAUGGUUUUAAAGAUAUUCGAUGAUUUAGUUGACUUUCCAACUUUCAGUAUGCUUUGCUACAAACUUCUCUGCUGACUUUCAUAGACUCCUGAGCUAAUAUAAUACUUACUCGCAAAAGCUGCUGUUUCAGUGCAAGUAGAAAAGCCCAGCAAGUUGCAAGCUGUCACCAGUACUAGUUCUUUGUUAUGCUAUGCUCUCUCUUGCAUGGAGAAAAGCAGAGAAUUUUCCUAUCCAUGCAAGAGCCCCUCUAUUUGUAACGGCAUGCAGAUUGGAGUAUUUUGCCACUUGCAAGCGGCUUCUGAGAAUUAGGCUAGCCAUACAAGGUCUGAUUUUAGCUUUUUAUUUUAACACAUAUAAGACCAAACCAAUGACUGGUCCAGCAUCAUCUGGAGAUCUAUGAAGAGAAAUUGUUUUUAUUCUUGUGAUAAACCUCCAUUGUUAAAAAUGGAUGUGGUGAUCCCCUUUGAGCAACAUAACUGUAAAAAGAAGGGAUGCAUUGAAUCCUUGAGUCUUUAUUGCAGGAUUUAGAUUUCGGCCAUUCCUCUGUGCCUGGCUGAAGAGAAUCCAAACCAUAAAUCCCAAGUGAUGUUUGACCACUGAAGGUGAAUAAUCUUUCAUGUACAGUACUUUAAUUUUGUGGUGCAUUCUGUAUCUGUCAAAAUUCGAAAAUUGUCGAUUAAGUGCAUCUCUAGUUCUAAGGAUUUAAUUAUAUACACUGUAUGGCACUGUAAGUACACCUGCCUGUCCAACAACUCACUUCCAAACAAACAGUAUUAAUAUGAAGUCAGUCCUCCCAUUGCUGCUCAGCUGCUCUAGUCUUCUGUAAAGGCUUUCCACUAGAUGUUGGAACAUUCUUUGUGGGGUUUGCUUCCAUUCAGCUGCAAAAACAUUAGUGAGGUUGGUACUGAUGUUGGACAUUCAGGCCUUGCUCACAGUAGUUGAUCCUUCGGGUGCUAAUUUGGAUUGAGGUCAGGGCUCUAGUCAGUCCAGGCAUGUUCUUCCACUCCCUUUCAGCAAUCCCAUUCUGUAUAGACCUCACUUUGUGCAUGGGGGCAUUGUUAUGCAGAAACAAAAAAAGGUCCUUCCUCAAACUGUUGCCACAAAGUAGGAAUGCAACCAUGGAAAAUAAGCCCAGACCAUUAUUUAUCCUCCAUCAAAACAUCAGCAUUAUUCAAACAGGUAGUGCUUUCUUGGCAUCUGCCAAAUUCAGACUGCCAAAUAGUGAAAUGAUAUUUAUCACUCCAAAGGACACAUUUCCACUGCUCCACUGUCCAAUGGCAGUGACCUUCACACUACUGCAGCCAACUCUUGGCAUAGCAUGUUUUGAUGUUAUAUUUGUUUGCCUUUGGUCACUCUUAAAAGAACCCAUGCUCCCUAAGAAUAUUUUUUUAUUUGACAUUGCUUCCAAGGACAGUUUGGAACUAUAGUUUGCUCUUAAAGUAUAUUAAAUGAGCAAAGAUGGUCAUCAUAGAAUGUAGGGUCUUCAUAGUUCCAGCACCAUAGAUUAUGUUUCAGCUCUGGUGUAGACAUUGUUUUAUUUAAACGAGAAGGAAAGGUCCAAUCCAUGAGGGGGUGCCAAAUGUCAGGGCAACCCCCCCAAGGAUUGUAAUGACUAACCUGAUACCCCAGGCCGGUGCUCCUGUUAACAGAAAACUGCACUGGCCAGGGGCACUUGCAAGUGAGUGAUCUUCUUUCUUCAAAAUCCAGUAGCCAAUGCAUGCACAGUAGAAGGAAAAAGCUGGCUUUUUUUUGUUAAAGUUUGAUUGACUAAAUUAAGAUAAUGCUCACUCGCAAGUACCCCGGGCUGGUGCAUUUUUCCUAACGUUUGGCACCCCCGCAUAUUGGACAUUUCCUUCUUCUUUAACAUGACAAUGAGCAGCAUAGAUCAAAGGGCUGACCUCCACCAUGGAAAGGGAUCAUGUAGAAUAUAUCUUUAUUGAACCGCACUGUACACUUUGUCUUAUUACGCAAACACACUAGAGAAUAGCGUAUCAUUUCUCAUACUAAAGGCACACUGAAACUUAUUAUUGUAUCAAAGUGGUAUUUAUGAACUAUGGGUAGAAAUUGGAAAUGAUUUUUGUGUUAGAGAGCUUUACCUUGUUUCUAUGAACACCCUUCUGAUGAUGCUUGAGAUUUCACCUUACUGUAGAGAAACAGUAACAGUUCUCUUCUCAAUAAUCCUCAUUAUCCCUUCCCAAAGCCCUCUUUUCAGUUAUCUGUAUUUAUUACAAACCCCUAAAAAAUAUUCUGGAUUGAGGUUCUGCCCUAGUGGUUGAGAUUAUGGCAUGGCAUGACUAUGGGAAUGACCUAAAUGGAACAAAAAUGCUAAAUUAAUUCAGUAGAUAUGAUAAUGUAAUUGAGAAAUGAUGUAAACAGUUUUUUGAUUCUGUAUUACUUCUCAACAUUUUUAAGAUUGAAAUGUAUAUAUAAAAAUAUUAUAAUUGAUUCAAUUUGUAAAGCCUUAAUCCACAUUUUUGUAACUUUUCAAUACCAUAUUUAUAUUGGUCUUCAUUGUUUUACCUUCUUCUAAAUCAGCAUUAAUACAUCACCAAUAUGGUUUAUUUUAUAGAAAGAGCAGCAUGGAUACUCCCAGGCACUGUAUGUCACAAUAGAAACAUAUACACUAUACGUUCAGCAUAGGAACUGUGUCGUUUAAGAGAUAUGAUUAAAGGGAUACUGUCAUGGGAACUUGCAGUACAGCAGUAAAGAGUGAUUGAAGUUUAUAAGAGCACAUGCCUUGGGGCAG